UGAAUGCUGAUCGUGAAGAUGAGACUCCUUAAAGCGAUACUCUUCGUGAUUCUUCUGUGUCGCGAAUUGGGAGAUUCCCAAAAUGUGGAAAUGAAUAUCUUGAAGCUCUGUGUUUCUCAGACUACAUGUGGGGACUGUUUGCAAGCCAACUUCUCCUGCUCGUGGUGCAGUGCCUGGUCUUACUCCAACUCAACCAUCGGUAGACCUCGAUGCAACGCCCCAGAGAGACUGAAGGCAUUCGGUUGCCCUUCGGAUCAGAUUCGCAAUAAUUCUCUAGGAUCAAUAGACUUCUUGGAGAACGCAGAUUUUCAGGACAUGUCAGAGACCGGACAAACACCGCUGCAGUUGAAGCCUCAGAGAGUAAAAGUUAGAAUCCAGCCACAUUCCAAGAUAGAGAUUCCGAUCCAUUAUCGGGUAGCCAAAAAUUAUCCUCUGGACUUGUACUACCUGAUGGACCUGACAUGGUCGAUGAAGGACGACAAGGAGACCCUGGUCAGUCUGGGACAAGACAUGAGUCGAGCGUUCGGUACUAUUACCAGCAAUUUCCGCCUGGGAUUUGGCAGCUACGCCGACAAGCCCUUGAUGCCCUUCAUCUUUCCGGGACACGAGAAUAAUCCUUGCCAGAGCGAACGCACCGUUUGCGCGCCCCUCUACGACUUCCAACACCGCCUGAAACUGACCAACAACAUUUACCAAUUUACUAAAGAAGUGAACGAGAGUCAAGUAACCGGAAACGUGGACAAUUUGGAGGGUGCGCUGGACGGAAUAGUACAAGCGAUCCUCUGCAAGCAACAGGUUGGGUGGGAACAGCAGGCACGUAAGAUCAUCCUAGUGGCAACCGAUGGCUCUGCACAUUUCGCCGGGGACGGAAAGCUAGGUGGUGCUGUGGCGCGUCAGGAUUUCGAGUGUCACCUCGACGAGCAGGGACAGUAUUCAAUGGCUACCAAAUACGAUUACUGCUCUCUGGCAGAGUUGUCCAGACUGCUGCAGGAACACAAAAUCAACUUGAUAUUCGCCGUGACCGAGGAUCGACGUAGCGAGUACGAAUCAACCGCUGCGUUGCUGAAAGAAAAAGCGAGAGUCGCUACUCUGACCAGCAACAGCUCCAACAUACUCGAAAUCAUCAAGAGCGCUUACCAACAGAUCACAAGCAGAGUGAUUUUGAGCGACAACUCCUCGGCUCCUCUGCGAAUGGAGUAUUUCUCUAAUUGUGGCAAUAGAGACAUUGCAGAGUGGAGUACCUCGGAAUGUGAGGACAUAGAGGAAGGCCAGGUGUACAACUUCAACGUAGUCCUCUCCAUCGACAAGUGCCCCAGCAACGAAAGCCUAUGGAAACAAACCAUCGUGAUCGAGGAUGCGCUAGCCUCUGAGGUAUCCAAAGUGGUGGUCGAAGUCGAGCUGCUCUGCGGUUGCAAUUGCAACGACCCUGAAAGCCCUAAUUGCGAGCAUGGAACGGAUUAUUGCGGUGUUUGCAAAUGUGAUCGUGGCUGGUCUGGGGAGAAGUGUGACUGCGACGAGCGAUCGCCGACGGAGAACCGGCUACAAUGUAUGGAGCCUAACUCAACGAAAAUUUGUUCCGAUAGAGGCGAAUGCGUUUGCGGUAGCUGCCUCUGCGAUCAGGGGUACAACGGACAAUUUUGCGAGUGCUCGGAAUGCGACAAGAUCGAUGGUAUAGAAUGCUCGAACAGAGGAAUUUGCAAAUGCGGUGUCUGUCACUGCAUCGAAGGCUGGCAAGGAGACGCCUGCAAAUGUCCAUCGACGGAUGAUGCGUGCAUAGCUCCAGGGAGCAACGAAGUGUGCGCUGGACACGGGUACUGCGACUGUGGAGAAUGUCGAUGCAACGUUACAACGGAGGAUAACUUUUAUUACCUUGGUACUUACUGCGAAUCUUCGAUCAGCUCUGGUGGCAGUGCUCUCUGCGUUCUUUAUAAUCCCUGUGUGAAUGCCACUGUUGAAGAUCCUGAGAUGGUGGACGAAUUUUGUCAGACGAACGUUACCUCUUACAAAACUGAACUGGUAAACGUCGUGGAUAAAGGAAACGAACGCUACUGUUUUGUGAAGAACGUGAAGGAUAAAACGAUCUGUAUCAUACCGUAUGUGUAUGAGUUCCAGAAAACCCAUGUGGUUGCUUUGAACAUAGGAAACAAGGAAUGUUAUACUCCGAUGCACGCGGCAGUCAUUCCGGCUUUGAUCAUAUUUUUAAUACUGACAAUUGGAAUCAUUUGUUUAUUAAUAUGGAAGUGUUGGACUUCUAUACAAGAUAAAAGAGAGUACGAAAAGUUCCAGAAAGAACGGGAGAAAACUAUAUUUAGUUUGCACCAAAAUCCUCUAUUCAGGUCCCCCAUAACAGAAUUCAGGGUACCCUCGAUGUACAAAGAGGAUUAAUUGAAUGCUCAAAACUGCGCUCAUCGAAUUAAUUUAAUUCGCCUUCGCCAUAAGAUUCUCCAGAAUAUGUGGUGGAUUGAUCAGACAAUAGGUCGUGCCAAAAAUGGUUUCCAGGUGAAAAGGAAAUCGUCUGUAAUCGCGAUUGAUAUGUUAAUAUCAUAUCGCAGUCGUUGAUCGGCUGAUUUAAAAACAAUGUUUACAUUGUCUGUCGCAUUUGCAAGUGUCCACUCAAACCCGCGAGGUUCUCUGUAGAUAACGUUCGUAAGUGGUUUAUUAUCGACCCAAUUAGCCUCAAUUGAGGAUCCAUCCGGAAAUACAUACGUUCCUGGACCGUGCAUUGUUCCGUUCGCUUCGAUUCUACCUCGGUACUGAGCGUUGUUAUUAUAUCUUUAAUUAUUAAAUUUAAAUUUAUUUAUUAUAUUGUAUAUUAUAGAAUGUAUGUAGUAGGCUCUCGCUAUAUUGCCGCAUCCACGUGGGCUUUGAUACGGCGCUCACUACUUCCGUGACAAUAUAACGAGACUACUAUAUUCAGAAGUACGAACGAAAUUAAGAGGAAUUAUAUCUACCGAACGUAAAUUGUAUCUUCGGCAAAAGUGUCAUUAUCCCAUUGGCCAUCGUAAACGUCAAAGUUAUCGGUAGUGUAUAUUCCUCUUCCUGUAUAAAACAUACAUGUUGAUGAUUAAAGAAGGAAAUAUGUAUUAAGUAUUUUAUGUCAACCUUGUUUGACCAAAACAGAUUGCGCGUAAUUGCAUUUGUAUUCGCCGUUAUAUACAUCCCCGUUAUGAAAUGUAAAUUUUCCAAAUCCAGUUUGAUCCCCGCUUUCGGGGAAAUCUGUCUUUUGCGUUUUACCGGCGCCGCGUUUUUUCAUAUUAGGGACCGUGUACAAGAAUAAUUGAAGUUUAAAAUUUGAGACAACAGGAAGGUCGUGACGUCUUGUAAUAUCCGGCUAAAGAUUUUUUUAAUUUGAGAACCUGCUUUAAACCUAAUGCCACGUGACCUUGUAAACGACCUCUUAUUCGGUACAUUCAUAUCGUCCGUUCCUAGUUCACGAUAACCCCACAGUUCUGACACGCUCGAAACACGUUCGUUCCCCGAGUGUUCGAGCGAAAACGUCGUGCAAAAUCGAAUUUCCCCGACUUGCUAUUGAAAUUGGUAGUAAAAGAUUCAC